UAUGACAGCCGACAGUCUGACAGACCGCCGUUGUAUUGUUUAAUUUUGCGAAAACAAAUAAAAUUAAUGAUUAAAAAUUAGGUUUGAAUAAAUAAUAAAUCAUGGCUUACCACUACGUAGUGACUGCACAGAAACCAACGGCUGUAACAGCAUGUAUUACAGGCAACUUCACAUCACCAACAGACCUGAAUCUGUUGGUGGCAAAGGUGUCACGUCUAGAAAUGUACUUGGUGACACCAGAAGGGCUCCACCCCAUGAAGGAAGUUGGGCUGUAUGGCAGGGUAGCCAAGAUGAAAUUAUUUAGACCACCAUAUGAAAACAAAGAUCUAGUCUUCAUUCUUACCGCAAGAUACAAUGCUAUGAUACUAGAAUGGAGGACAGGGCCCAACGGUGAUCUCGAAGUGGUUACCAGAGCGCAUGGUAAUGUGGCUGAUAGGAUUGGGAAACCGUCAGAGAAUGGAAUUCUAGCAGUGAUCGACCCACAAGCGAGGGUGAUAGGUCUCAGACUGUAUGACGGUCUUUUUAAGAUAAUACCUCUCGAUAAGGAUUCUACAGAGCUGAAAGCUGCUAGUCUGAGGUUGGAAGAACUGAAUGUGUAUGAUUUAGAAUUCUUGCAUGGAUGUGCCAACCCCACUUUAAUAUUAAUUCACCAAGAUCUCAAUGGAAGACAUAUUAAAACACAUGAAAUAAAUUUAAGAGACAAGGAGUUCAUGAAGAUACCAUGGAAACAAGAUAAUGUUGAAACCGAAGCAUCUAUUCUUAUACCAGUGCCAAGUCCUUUAGGUGGAGCUAUAGUAAUUGGACAAGAGUCCAUAGUGUAUCAUGAUGGGCAGAGCUAUGUGGCUGUUGCACCUCCACAGAUUAAGAUGACACCAAUAAACUGCUACUGCCGCGUCGAUACGCGUGGUCUACGGUACUUGCUCGGUGACAUAGCUGGUCGACUUUUCAUGUUACUAUUGGAAUUAUACGAGCGGGUCGAUGACACUCAUGCUGUUAAGGAUCUGAAGGUGGAACUGCUUGGUGAAAUACCGAUCCCCGAAUGUAUGACAUAUCUCGACAAUGGUGUUGUCUUCAUCGGUUCCCGUCUCGGGGACUCCGCCCUCGUGCGCCUGUCGGCGAACCGCGACGACUCCAACCAGUACGUGAAGGUCAUGGAGACGUUCACCAGCCUCGCUCCUAUCGUGGAUAUGUGUCUCGUGGAUCUGGAGCGGCAGGGGCAGAAUCAGCUUAUCACUUGUUCGGGUGCGUUCAAACAAGGUUCGCUACGUAUAAUCCGCAACGGCAUCGGCAUACAGGAGCAGGCCUCCAUCGAUUUACCGGGCAUCAAAGGCAUGUGGGCUCUAACAUUGGCACAUAAUUCGCCGUACCAUGAUACACUUGUGUUGGCGUUUGUUGGACAGACUAGAGUAUUAACGUUGAACGGCGAAGAAGUAGAAGAGACUGAAAUCAAAGGAUUUGUGUCGGACAGACAAACAUUCUUCACGGGAAAUGUCUGCCAUAAUCAACUUAUACAGGUGACGGAUGAAGACGUGCGUCUCGUAGCGCGUGACGAGGCGGGCGCGGAGGGCGCGGGCGCGUGGCAGCUGGCGGGCAGCUGGCGCGUGGGCGGCGCGCGGGCCAUCUCCGUGGUGGCCAGCUCGCACACGCGCGUCGUGGUCGCCGCCGGCAACCGCCUGCUGCUGCUGGCCAUCCGCCGCCAAGAGCUGGCCGUCAUCGCAGAGGUGUGCAUGGAAGAAGAAGUGGCGUGUCUAGAUCUCGGUCCCGGUGACGAAGAAGCUUUAUUGGGCGUGGGUCUGUGGACCGAUAUCUCUGUAAGAGUAUUGAAACUGCCAGAUCUUAAGCCGUUACACACUGAGAAGUUAUCUGGAGAGAUAAUCCCAAGAUCGUUGCUCAUAUGCGUACUAGAAGGAGUAUGCUAUCUACUUUGCGCUCUUGGCGAUGGGUCAAUGUUCUACUUCACGGUGGACCAGGAGUCUGGAGCUCUGUCCAAUAAGAAAAGGGUCACUUUGGGCACGCAGCCCACGGUUUUGAGGAGUUUUAGGUCGCUAUCAACAACAAACAUAUUUGCAUGCUCUGAUCGACCAACCGUGAUCUUCUCGUCGAACCACAAGCUAGUAUUUUCUAACGUGAACCUGAAGGAAGUGACGCACAUGUGCUCGUUGAACGCGCAAGCGUAUCCGGAUAGUCUCGCGCUGGCGACGGACAGCACGGUGACGAUCGGCACCAUCGACGAGAUACAGAAGCUGCACAUCCGCACCGUGCCGCUGCACGAGACGCCGCGCCGCAUCGCCUACCAGGAGGCGUCGCAGACGUUCGGCGUGAUCACGAUGCGCGUGGACAAGCUGGAGUACACGGGCGGCGCGGCGGGCGCGGCGGUGUGCACGCGCGGCUCCGCCUCCACCGCCGCCGCCGCCACCAGCGGCGCGCCGCCCGCGCAGCCGCGCCACGCGCCCCCCGCGCUCGACCUCGAGAUACACAACCUGCUGCUCGUGGACCACCACACGUUCGAGGUGUUACACGCGCAUCAGCUACCAUCGAGCGAGUUCGCAAUGUCACUAGUCUCUUGCAAGCUCGGCGACGACCCUGCGCACUACUACGCGCUCGGCACAGCUAUACUCAACCCGGAGGAGUCUGAGCCAAAACAGGGUAGGAUAAUAUUAUUCCACUGGUCAGAAGGCAAGCUGACACAGGUAGCAGAGAAAGAAAUCAAAGGCGGCUGUUACACACUUGUAGAAUUUAAUGGAAAACUACUCGCCUCAAUAAAUAGUACAGUACGAUUAUUCGAAUGGACGUCAGAGAAAGAGUUACGUCUAGAGUGCAGUCAUUUCAACAACAUAGUGGCGCUUUACCUUAAAGUUAAAGGUGAUUUCAUACUGGUCGGAGAUCUCAUGCGGUCCAUGUCACUGUUGCAGUAUAAACAGAUGGAGGGUAGUUUCGAAGAAAUAGCGCGCGACUACAGUCCGAACUGGAUGACGGCUGUGGAAAUACUGGACGACGACACCUUCCUCGGCGCUGAGAAUAGCUUCAAUUUGUUUGUCUGUCAGAAGGAUAGCGCGGCGACGACGGACGAGGAGCGGCAGCAGAUGGGCUACAUGGGGCAGUUCCACAUCGGCGACAUGGUGAACGUGAUGCGGCUGGGCUCGCUGGUGGGGCAGAGCGCCGACACCGCAGCACCCGUCACCAACCCCGCGCUGCUCGCCACCGUCACGGGCGCUAUAUGCCUGGUAGUCCAACUGUCCCCGGAGCUAUACGAGUUCCUGCACCAGCUGGAGGAGCGUUUAACCCACGCUAUCAAGUCCGUGGGUCGUGUGCCGCACGCGUUCUGGCGCUCCUUCAACACGGACAUCAAGACGGAGCCCGCGGAGGGCUUCGUGGACGGGGACCUCAUUGAGAGCUUCCUGGAUCUCAGCAGGGAGGUGCAGCAGGAGACUGUGCAGGGGCUUCAGAUCGACGACGGUGGUAUAAUGCGGGACGCGACGGUGGAUGAUCUAAUCAAGAUAGUAGAAGACCUUACGCGAAUACACUAAAUACUUAAUGUUCUCUUAAUAAAUAUUUUAUUUAAUUCA